GGCUUUUUGUAGAGCUCUUGCCUGUUGUUUCAGAGAAGCAACCUAUAAAUAUAGUGCGCUUCUGUGUUUCUCUCUCUCGCUCUGUAAGAGGAAAUGGGCUUGUUUCAUGUGAUUAGCAGGCAGAGGAACUUGUGAAAGUGACACAGCUGUACUGUAAGAACACCAGCCCACAGACUUUGCUGCCACAAGAGCUUAACUGCCACCUCUGCUAGACCUGAGAGCAGGAUUGCCUGAGCCAUGGAGCGAGAACCAAUGCGAAUAAGGGAGGGCUACUUAGUUAAGAAGGGCAGUAUGUUUAAUACCUGGAAGCCAAUGUGGGUUGUGCUCUUAGAAGAUGGGAUUGAAUUCUACAAGCGGAAGGCUGACAACAGCCCUAAAGGGAUGGUCCCACUAAAAGGAAGCUCUAUUAACAGCCCAUGCCAAGAUUUUGGCAAAAGAAUGUUUGUCUUCAAGCUCACUGCAGCCAAGCAGCAGGACCAUUUCUUCCAAGCUGCCUACCUAGAGGAGAGAGAUGCCUGGGUACGGGAUAUCAAGAAAGCUAUUCAGUGCAUAGAUGGAGGCCAGAGGUUUGCUAGAAAAUCCACAAGAAGGUCUAUCAGACUGCCUGAAACAAUCAACCUGAGUGCUUUGUACCUUUCAAUGAAAGAUCCUGAAAAGGGAAUAAAGGAAUUAAAGCUGGAAAAAGAUAAAAAAGUGUUCAAUCACUGCUUUACAGGCACCUCUGUGAUUGACUGGCUAGUAUCUAGCAACUCCAUCCGAAAUCGCAAAGAGGGCCUCAUGCUUGCCUCUUCCCUCUUGAAUGAAGGCUACCUACAGCCUGCAGGGGAAACAUCCAAGGCUGCAGCAGAGGGACUGUCAGACACCCCCUUCUUAGAUCUCACCGAUGCCUAUUAUUAUUUUCCAGACAGUGGGUUUUUCUGCGAGGGGAAUUCUAGCGAUGAUGAUGUGGUCCUGAAAGAAGAAUUCAGAGGCAUAGUGGUCAAACAAGGAUGUUUACUGAAACAGGGACAUCGGAGGAAAAACUGGAAAGUGAGAAAGUUUGUUUUAAGAGAGGACCCUGCAUAUCUUCACUACUACGAUCCUGCUGGAGGAGAAGAUCCACUAGGAGCAAUUCACUUGCGUGGUUGCGUGGUCACAGCAGUGGAAGAUAUGCCAGACUCCAAGAAGUAUGAUGUUGACAAUAACCUGUUUGAAAUCAUCACAGCAAAUGAAAUCCACUAUUACUUGCAAGCAGCCUCAUCUGCAGAGCGUACAGAGUGGAUCAAAGCAAUUCAGGCAGUUGCUAGGACUGGGAAAUGAAGAUGAUAUGCCAGCAAAAGGAUAGACAACUCAAAUCCAUCACUCUGAGUAAAACAGGAAUUUUAGCAUUUCAUUGAAAGAAAGUAAUAUCAUCCAGAAAGGCUUCCUAAAGCGUGUGGGUUGAGGGGGGUACAUUUCACUUCUAUAAAACUAACAUACUUGCUACUUUUUAAUGGGAAUAUGUUGCUAAAUUGUGGCAUAGAAUGUGCCUUAUUAGUGUGUGCUUCUUUAUAAUAAUUAGACUACCCUGGGAAGCCUACCUUAUGCCUCUCCCUGUUCCCACUGCUGAUAGUGAGAAUUUCACCAUUAACGGGACAUAAUCAUGUCACUGAUUGUAAGAGACUGAACUAAUCACCUGCCAUUCAGCCUAUAUUGUGUUUCAGUGUCUUAAGGUUAAUUCAAAGACUUCCCAAGACAAAGACCUCACACUUUCUUCAUUAGCCAGUUAUCUCUCUACUGUCAUUUUCACCUAGACAAGUAAUGCUAUAGAUUAAAGGGAAGAAAUGAAUCCAUUUGGAAAUCUGAUCCACUCCUUUAUAAUGGCACUUCAGUGUUAAGGAAAGGAAGAACUCUGUCAACUACAGAAACACUGUGCUCAAAGCAAGUACAACUUAGUGAGAGCAGUAUGAAUUUCCACAUAGCACUCUCCACCUAUGGUACUCAAAGCAUGAAGCAAUCUCAGUACAUCUUCUGGAUCCACCAGAUUUUGACCUUUGCUAAAUUUUUCUACACAAAUCUGUGCUGGCACCAUUGUUUCACUUAAUUUGUGUCUCCAAAUCAGUUGCUAAGGUGUCAUGUAUUCUGACUUGAUCCAUAUGUGCAUUAAGAAUCUUGCAGGAGAAGGGCAAGGAUCCAUGGAUUAACUGAGCUACUGAAUGGGUUUUUUUUAAUUUUUUUUUUUCCUACAGCAACAUACACAAUGCUUGGUUCUGUGCCUUAAUUAUAUAAGAGAAACCGUGUGCUUUUUAUAACUGGAAUAAACAUUAUCACUUGACAGGGUGAGUUUACCUGAUCAAUCCUAAAUUUUUUGUCUGACUGUAUGUAUCAAACUUCAAAGGCUUUAAGCUUUAAGCAAGAGUUGAAAAUGAAAGUAGUGUCAAAUUCUGUGUUAGCCCACACCUGCUGCAGACUAAUGUUUCUUAUUGUAAAUACACUUCAAAACUUUUAAAAUUUGGUUCUUAGAUCUAAUAAGGUACCUUAUCCUUAAGAAUUCUUAUUCAGAUCGGUCUAAAAAUAAACCUGGAGCUAAAGCUUUUGUUCACUUCUGCAUCACUAUAUCUCUAUCCAGAAACUGCAUGUACAUCACAAGAAUAGCAGAAGACAAUGAGACAGUACUGCUACUUCGGUCUAGGUCAUUCUCCGUGGUGUUCAGGGAACACCUCCUACUGAUUCAUCAAACCUGUCCUGUCAUGUGAAACCUUUUUGGUUACUUUGGUAAUUGAACUGUAUGAAUAACUUCCCCAGUAAAUGGACUGUGCCUUGGUCUGCUGCACCAUCCUGGUGAUACAAGCCUGCCAGGGCUUCAGCUGAGUUUCAACAUGAAAAUGUAAUUUGAGUGAUCCACUGCAUGCAUUUGGGUUGAUAAGGUUAUCAGCACAACAAAGAGAGCUAGAAAUACAUGCUAGAUCCAUCUGUGGGCUUAUUGCCUAUGAGGAACCCAAAAUAAAACUUUUUUUUUUUUUUCCACUGGGAGGAAAAAGGAAAUGGAUUUGCCAUUUCGAGUUCAUAGACCCAGCAAAAAGUUCAUAUAGAACAGAUCUGAGCUGACGUGCCUGAAGGUCUUUUGCC